AUGAAAUUGAUGAAAGAGGAUGCUAUCAAAGCCAACACACAUGCAAUUACAGUCUUCGAUCGUCAUAGGCAAACAUUCAGUGUACAAGAAAUAAUGGACCAUAAUGAGGGGAGGCCUAAUUUAUCCUAUGCCGUCAGCCUAAACAGAUGUUGGUGUGACUGUGGCAAGUACCAGGCCUUUCGUCUACCUUGCUCACAUGUCAUUGCGGAAUGCGCACAUGCUCGUCAGGAUGCUUAUGGCUAUCUAUCUGAUGUCUAUAAGGUGAUUAAUGUUAUGAACGCAUACAACGAAGGCUUCGCAGUGCUACCAAUAAAGGAUUAUUGGCCUCCAUACCAGGGUGACAUAGUUUGGCACAACGAUGACAUGAGAAGAAAGAAAAAGGGACGUCCAAACAGUAAGCAUAUAAGAACCGAAAUGGAUACGACUGAUAAAAUGAUAAGAUUGUGCAGUAUAUGUCGUCAGCCCGGACAGAAUCGAAAAAAAUGUCCCUAUGUCGGAGGCACAUCUGCAUCAUGA